CGCCCUCUCUUAUUUGUGUCUCUUUCUCAUUCUCCUUCUUUUCUUGACUCCCAAUACAUUAUUUCUUUUUCUUUUUCUUCAUUAACUUAUUUCAUUUAUAGUUUCGAUAUGAAAGAGGGUGGUAGGAAGCAGGGUUCAGCCUCACCUUGUGCUGCAUGCAAGCUUCUCCGCCGAAGGUGCGCCGCGGAUUGCGUCUUUGCGCCGUAUUUCCCGGCCGACGAGCCUCACAAGUUUGCAAAUGUGCAUAAGGUCUUUGGUGCCAGCAAUGUCAACAAGAUGCUUCAGGGGAUUGGUAGAUUAUCACUCAUCCGUCGUUAUAACACUAGUAAUGACUUAUAUGAGCUACCAGAGCAUCAGAGAGGAGAUGCAGUGAGCAGCAUGGUGUAUGAGGCAAAUGCAAGAGUGAGGGACCCUGUUUAUGGCUGUGUGGGAGCCAUCUCUUCUCUUCAACAACAAAUUGAUGCGUUGCAAAUCCAAUUGGCUGUGGCUCAGGCUGAGGCUGUGCAUCUCAGGGUGCGCCAGACCCAGACUGCAUCCUGCUCUUACUGGACCCAACCCCAUAGCCCAACCAAUAGUGCCUCCCCAUCCUCCAAGCCCAUUUUUGACAUCGACAUGGGCCUUGACCAUACCUCUUAUGCAGAUUCUAUGUGGUCAUGAUAUUAUAUAUAUAAGUACAACAAAGUCAAAUAAGUUUUCAACUUCUCUAAAAUUUGUGAUUUUAGUUCUUGAUUUUUGUAAGAAAUAUUUGAUUUUAGUUGUAGUUUGCUUUGGUUAAAUGCUGAUAUGAUAAAGUUAAAUGUUUUAACUUAUCUUACAAUGUCAGCAAUUGACGAAGAUAAACUAUGACAACACUAAAAUCAGAUAAAGAAUCUUACAAAAAUUAAAACUCAAAGUAACAAAUCUUUAUAAGAUUGAAAACUUAAUAAUUAUAUCGGUUUCUUUAGACUAGGAAAAUAUAUUAGUUCCUAGAAAAAAAUACAAAAAGAGAAGAAAACAAGGCAUUAUUUUCUUUUUUAAAGUAAUGCCUUGUUAACUUUAGUAGGGUAGAAGAAUCGAACUCUAGAAGCAUUGGUGGUGAUUGAAGGAGCUGCGGUGGAGAUCUUUCGCCCGCUUGAUUACUUUUGGUUUGCAAAAAGAGGGUUUUCAUUGGCAUUUUGGUGUAAAUAUGUGGCUUAUUAGUAAUUACUAUCACAUGAAGGGAAGCUGCGCUUAUGGUUGGAUUGUGGACUUAUUUCUUUGAUUAUGGCAAAAGGUGUUGUAAUGGAGCUCUCUAUGUUGUUCUUAAGUAUUGUUAUGAUUUGGUCUUUUGUAGUUAAAUAUAUGGAAGAUGAACUUAUUGGCAUUACUUAGGUUUUCAUAAGUAGUGCUUGCUUCUUUGUAAUGUUU